AUGCGCUCUCACUGGAUCACGGCAUCUGCCAUCGCAGCGGCCGCACACACCGCCCUCGCCGCUCCCCAGCAACUCGCAUUCUCCGCCCCCUCGUUCUCAUCGCUCUCGCGCACCUCGCUCGACGACGCCCUCCGAUCGGCCUGGAACGGCGUGCAGCACUCGCGCCCCGUCGGGUGGGCAGAGGAGGGCGUCCGCAAAUUCACCGAGGUUGUCGACAACGCCGGGUCCAACUUCGAGCUGAUCCAGCAUGCCGAUUUCCCCCUUCACUCGCUCCGCAUGAAGAAGCCUGAGGGCUUGUGCGACUCGUCGAGCAAGAGUUACUCGGGGUACCUCGACAUCUCGGACGACGCCCACCUCUUCUACUGGUUCUUUGAGUCGCGCUCGGCGCACCCGGAGAAGGACCCCCUUGUUCUCUGGGUCAACGGCGGUCCCGGCUGCUCGUCGACGACCGGACUCUUGUUCGAACUCGGCCCGUGCCGCAUCGCCGACGGCGGUAAGAACACGACGUAUAACCCGCACUCGUGGACCGAGUCGGCCAAUGUCAUCUUCCUCGACUCGCCCGUCCAGGUCGGCUACUCGUACGGCAGCAAGACCGUCUCCAACUCGCAGGACACGGCCGAGGACGUCUACUCGUUCCUCCAGCUCUUCUACGAGAAGUUCCCCAAGUUUAGGGACGUCGACUUCCACAUCUCGGGGGAGUCGUACGCCGGAACGUACCUGCCCAACAUCGCGAGCGUCAUCCACCGCCACAACAAGCAGAAGCCGACGCCUAACAGCCUCGACAUCCCGAUGAAGUCCGUCUUGAUCGGUAAUGGAUUGACCAAUGCUUACGUCCAAUUCGGGUCGAUUCCCGACUGGUCGUGCAAGCCCGGCGGCAACCCCUACCACCCGAUCUUCAGUGAGCAAGAGUGCCGCUCGAUCGAGUCCAAGGUCCCGACGUGCCAGCGCCUCGUCGACUACUGCUACAAGGCGCCGUCCCGCUUCACCUGCGUUCCUGCCACGCUCAGCUGCUGGCAGAUUGCCGGCCCGAUCCAACAGUCCGGUCUCAACCCGUACGACAUCCGCAAGAAGUGCGACCGCUCCAAGGACGGCGACCUGUGCUACAAAGAGAUGGGCUGGAUCGAGACCUACAUGAACGACCCCGAGGUCCGCCGCCAGCUCGGUGCGGCCAAGGACGUCACGUUCGCCAGCUGCAACAUGCAGGUCAACCAGGCGUUCCAGCUCAACGGCGACGUCUCCAAGAACACGGCGGCGCUCAUCCCGCCUCUCCUUGAGGACGGCAUCCGCUUCUUGAUCUAUGCCGGAUCGGCCGACUUUAUGUGCAACAGCAAGGGCAAUCACGCCUGGACCGUCGCCAUGGAUUGGAAACACGCCGCCAAGUACCGCAAGGCCAAGCUCGUCCCGUUCAAGUCGGGCAAGGAGGAGGCCGGUCACACGCAGGCUGUCGCCCCGGACGGUGGUGCAGGCUUGCUGCGCUACUUGGAGCUGGAUGACGCAGGGCAUAUGGUUCCGUUUGAUCAGCCCGAGGUCUCGCUCGACUUCUUCACCAGGUGGAUCCGCAACGAGGCCUUCGAGUGA